GUUCUGAUUGCAUAAUGAUAACAGAAGUAAUAGAACAAAGAAAGUAUUCACAAAGAAAUCAAAAGCUUGCCACAAUUAUCAGUUGUUCACAUAUCAAGAAUAUUGAUUUUUAAAUAGUCUCUUAACUGUUCCAUGGCAUUGCCUGGUGUUAGAUCAACCUCUUAGAGAAAAAUCACACCUUAAAAAUAAAUACAUAAAAUGGGUUUGCACAACUAUAUCGGGAGCUAAAAUCAGACAAGAGGUAGACAAAGGAGUUAGAGUGUGUCAAAGGGUGAGAAUUGGGUCACAGUAGAAUUUCUUCCCAUUCACUUCAACUUUUACAAGGUAAUGUGGUAAACUGAAAAGACCAUGGAACUGACCUGAAUCCAAAUCCCAGCUCUUCAACUCACUAGCUAUAUGUCUUUGGGCAAGAGGCUUUUCUUCUCUGGGACAUAUAUUUUUUCAUCUGUAAAACAGAUAUAAUACCUACCUUUAAGACCCCUGUAAGAAUUAUAAGUAAUGUUUAUUAAGUGGUUAACACUUCAUAAGCAUUUGAUAAACAAAAGCUAGUAUUAUUUACCUUUCCUUUUCCCCUGUAUCUCGAACUGGUCUGGAUAAUCUCUAAUCCUGAUUAUUCAAACCUCCUAAAUAUCUCUGAAACCCUCCCAGUUCUUUCUGUUACCCACCCCCACCUUUGUCUGCCAUCUGGAUUCCUUGCCAGUUUUCUAGCAGCGGUCCCUGAAUCCAAUCUAGAGUGUUUUGUUUUGUUUUGUUAAGAUUUUGAUCCAAUUACUCUCCAGUUUAAUACUCAUGAAUAGUUUCCCAUUGUCUUUGGGAUUAAACGCUAAAUCUCACGGUUUCGGGGAUUAAGCUUCCAGGUCUGGUCCUGCUCACCCCUCCAACUUUCUCUUUGCCACCAGAUAUCCUAACAUUUCUUUCGUUGUCUACACAGUACCCUGAGGAAACAGCAGGAAUGAAGACAGAGAAGAGAGGCAAGAUCUUUGAGAGGUGUGAGCUUGCCAGAACUCUGAAAAGACUUGGAUUGGAUGGCUAUGUGGGAAUCAGCCUGGCAAACUGGAUGUGUUUGGCCAGAUGGGAAAGCAGUUAUAACACACGAGCUACAAACUACAAUCCUGGAAGCCGAAGCACUGAUUAUGGGAUAUUUCAAAUCAAUAGCCGCUACUGGUGUAAUGAUGGCAAAACCCCAAGAGCAGUUAACGCCUGUCACAUACCCUGCAGCGUGUUGCUCAAAGAUGACAUCGCUGAAGCUGUAAAAUGUGCAAAGAGGAUUGUCGGUGAUCCACAAGGCAUUAGAGCAUGGGUGGCAUGGAAAAAUCACUGUCAAAACCAAGAUCUUAGGAGUUAUGUUCAGGGUUGCGGAGUGUAACUGUGGAGUUUUCUUUCUUCAGCUCAUUGUCUCUUUUUCACAUUAAGGAAGUAAUAGUUGAGCGAAAGGUCAUACUACCAUACUUUCAAACAAAUAAUGUUUUUACAGAAGCAGGAGCAUAUGGUCUUUCUUCUAAGAGGCUUAAUGUUUACCUCAUGUGUUUAUUGUUUUAUAUUAGGCCUACAAUAUUUUUCGGUUUGCUAAUAGAACUAAUGCUGAUGAAUAUUUGUCUAAAAUCUUAAUUAUCAAAUAUAUGUCCAGUACAUUCAGUUCUUAAUCAAAGAAAUAACCCAGACUUAAUCUUGAAUGAUAUAAGUACUCCCCAAUAUGCAAUAAUAAUAUAAUCAAAGAAUAUGUUUAAACAAAUUGAUCUUAGGCAAAAUCCCACUUGUGUAGGCAUGUGACACCUUCAUCUGUUCUGUCAUCUCCAAAAACAGUAAAAGAUAACCACUCUUUGUUGGGCAAUAUAAAAUUUUAAAAAGAGCAGAAUGUCAAGUGGCUAAAAAUGAAAACAGCCUGAAUUAAGAAUUUUGUUUCCAUAAAGUGUGACCUUUGAUUUAAAUGUCUUCUUAGAAAUGUUGCAUUUACACAGCUUUAAAAAUAAACUCACAAUUUAUAUAUCAAUCUAUCUUAUCCCUUUUAAAGAACUCAUUUAUGCAUCUUGCUGGUCAUGAAGGAAUAAAAAGAGGGAUUAGAUGACCUGUUGCUUUUCCUUAAUUUUAUUAAGUUAGAUUCAUGCAUUAUGACAAAUUCAGAGGCAGAUGAGUUUUCAAGUGUUGAAAUAAUUGCUAAUUAACCACAGGUGUGAAAUUCUGCGUGCUGUAAAAAAUACAAACAUUUUCAUUAAAAGCUUUGCAAUUCAUACCUUGUCUCUUUGUUUAGAGCCGUUUAGUAUUGCUGAAGAAAUACAUAUGUAUAUAUUUGG